UAUAAUUACCUUCAAAAUGGGCAUCAAUGAAAUGACAAGUUCUUGUAUACCUUUUGCUUUUAUGAGGUUUGAGAUCUAGAUGCUCUAUCUAAACAUACCUAACUAAAGAUGGAGAAGAACGAUAAUAGGCUUCACAUAGCAAUCUUCCCUUGGCUAGCUUAUGGCCAUGUUAAGCCAUUCUUUGAGCUCUCCAAGUUCCUAGCUCAAAAGGGUCAUAAAAUCUCUUUCAUUUCCACCCCAAAAAACCUCCAACGUCUCCCAAAACAUCCUCACAUAGACUUUGUUUCCUUUCCUUUACCUCACGUCGAUGGCUUACCACAAGGCACUGAGUCAACCUCCGAGUUGCCGAUUCACAAAGUCCCUUUCCUCAAAAAGGCCUACGACAAACUCGUUCCCUCUUUAACUCAGUUCCUCAACGAAUCAACCGACAUCAAAUGGAUCGUCCAUGACUUCCUCUGCCACUGGGCUCCCCGAGUUGCGACUGAACAUGGUGUCAACUCGGUCUUCUUCUGCAUAACCACCGCCACCUCGCUGGCCUUUUUCGGGCCGCCCUCUGAGUUGCUCGGCGGUAGCCGCCAGCGACCGGAGAACUUCACCGUCGUCCCUGAAUGGUUCGACUUCGAAAGCGACGUCGCUUAUAAGUUGUUCGAGAUCAAGGGUCAUUGGGAAUGCAUGGAUGAGGACGCCACGGAUGUUCAGCGUCUUGCAGAGACGAUUCAAUGCUGCGAUAUCGUCGUUUCAAGAACCUCACCCGAGUUUGAGUCCGACUCACUGAAUCUACUCAGAAAGCUUUACGGGAAACCGGUUCUUCCGAUCGGUUUCUUACCGAUUUCUCCACAAGACCUUCAUAGCGUGAGCGGAGAUGAAAGAUGGGGAACUUUGAGUCAGUGGUUGGAUAGCAAGGAAGAGAACUCCGUCCUUUACAUCGCAUUCGGUACGGAAGUGAGUCUGACUCAGGAUUUGAUGCACGAGUUAGCUCAUGGGAUAGAGAAAUCCGGGUUGCCCUUUAUUUGGGUCAUUAAAGAUCGCCCACUUGUUGAAGGGCAACUGGGUUCGGAAAUAAUUCCACCCGGGUUUGAAACCCGAGUCGCAGGGCGAGGUUUGGUGUGGAGGGGUUGGGCUCCACAACUUAGUAUACUGGCUCACUCUUCAGUGGGCGGGUUCUUGACUCAUUGUGGUUGGAUCUCGGUUAUUGAGGCACUCGGGUUUGGGAAGCCGUUGGUCUUGUUUGCCGGUGCAAGUGCGGAUCUUGGGUUGAUUUCGAGGUUGUUGCAUGGGAAUCGGGUCGGGUUGGAAGUGCCAAGGAAUGAGGAAACAGGGUCAUUUACGAGUGAGUCGGUGUCCGAGGUAAUUAGGCAAGUCGUGGUUGGGGAGGAUGCCAAGUCGGUUAGGAUCAACGCAAGGGCCGCGAAAGAGACAUUUGGCGAUGUGGAUAUGAAUAACAAGUGGUUGGAGGAUUUUAACAUGUGCCUUGAGACUUGGUUGCCUACGCCUGGGCCAGUCUGAAGCUAUUAUUUCCCUGGCUUGUGGAUUGUUUAAUCAGUGAUGGCGCAUCUUUGUUAUUUUUCAAGUAUUAAUGUUGGGCAUUUGGAAUAUAUUCGAAGAAACAUAUCAUGAUUAGGUUUAUUCAAUAAAAGAUAAGAUCUUUCUUUAAGCAUAUAUAAAACUCAAUUGUUGAAGGUAUAGAAAAAUGGCUUAAAAGCAUGUGAUACUUGCCAGACGUUGUAUCAUUAUUAUUUUUUCCUUUGACUUGUGCAAAGACUAAG